CUUCUUCGUUAGAAGCGAAACCCACUUUUGUUCGUCAAAACAGCAAACUACAGAAUUGUGGACUACAAUCCCCAAGAUGCACUGGGAUCUAUGGCAUUGAGUAAGUGACCUUUGAAAAAGGAGAAGUCGGUAGUGCACAGUACUUUCCUGGCAAUCGCUGGAGAGGAUAGAAUCAGCUGGCGAGAUUGAAAGGCAUGCUCUGGACUCCAAAGGCAGAAUUUCCUAAGGAGAUCUCUGCUGACUGAACUCCUCCUCCACUUCCCCGGGAGCUUUACGUCCUUCCCCUUCUGCUCAGAUUUCAUCCACAACUGGAGAAGCAGACUUUUUCACCGACGUUUUCGCUGUCGACAGCUUGUUCCUGUCAAAACUGUAAAUCUCCACUAGUUUCUAAUAAUGGCUGCGGAUGUUUAUAACAAGAAGGAGGUGCCGAAUGAGUCCUUGGCACUAACUGGUGGACAGCAGCCCGAGAGGUCAGAGAGUCCAACACCAGGAUUGACCCAGGGAACAGAACCAGGGGCAGUCCAAGAGGGAGCCAUAUUUGUUCACACUAGGUCGUAUGAAGACCUAACCGGAACAGACAAUACAGAAUCGGCAGCCAAGAGCCCAGACGAGAGAGAAGAGUCUCAAGGUGAUGAGCUUAAGAUAGAAGAGAUCAGCAAAGAUUUCAGUGAACUAAGCACACAACUUACUGGUAUAGCACUGGACCUUGAAGAAGAGAUAAGGCAGAACAGUGAGGGCAAUUUGGAACUCUCGCCACAAAGUUCACGUCGAGAUUCAGUCCUGUCAGGAAAAGAAGAAGAAGAUAUAACCAUGGAAGCCUGGCGCAUGCAUCAGAAGCAUAUCUUUGUUCUAAGUGAGGCAGGCAAGCCCAUAUACUCACGAUAUGGGUGUGAAGAGGCAUUGUCUACUACCAUGGGAGUAAUGAUGGCUUUGGUCUCUUUUGUAGAAGCAGAGAAGAAUGCUAUCAGAUCAAUUCAUGCAGAUGGAUACAAGGUGGUUUUUGUGCGCAAGAGUCCCUUGGUGCUUGUUGCAGUGGCUCAGACUCGCCAGUCAGAGCAAGAAAUUGCUCAAGAACUCCUAUAUAUCUAUUACCAGAUAGUCAGUCUCGUGACAUUGACUCAGCUUAACCGGAUAUUCCAACAGAAGCAGAACUAUGAUCUAAGGAGACUGUUAGCAGGCUCUGAGCGUAUAACUGACAACUUGGUAGACCUGAUGGCUAGAGACCCCAGUUUUCUCAUGGGGGCGGCACGUUGCCUCCCUAUGGCUGCCGGAGUCAGGGAUGUGGUGAGUGCUUGCCUUCAACAAGCCAAAGCUAAAAGCCUGGUAUUUGCCAUCUUAUUGUCAAAAAACCAAUUGGUAUCACUUGUGAGGAAAAGGGACCAAUUCCUUCAUCCAAUUGAUCUCCAUUUACUCUUUAAUCUCAUUAGCUCAUCCUCCUCAUUUAGAGAAGGAGAAGGUUGGACUCCAAUAUGCCUUCCCAAGUUCAAUUCCAAUGGUUUCUUCCACGCUCACAUUUCUUAUUUGGAACCAAAUGUUGACUUGUGCCUUGUCCUGAUUUCUACGGAUCGUGAGGACUUCUUUACUGUAUCUCACUGCAAGCAAAAGUUCCAAGAACGCCUAAAGAAGCGCAGUGUUCAUCAUGCUCUCUUGGAAGCAGUGCGUACUCCUUUCUACAGUGUCUCCCAGGUGGGAAUUCCAGACCUUCGACAUUUCAUCUAUAAAUCUAAGAGUUCAGGAUUUUUUACCAGCCCAGAGAUUGAAGCUCCCUACAUCACUGAGAAAGAAAAGGAAAGACUCCUGGAAUUGUAUCAGUACUUGCAUAGCCGAGCUCACAAUUCCACCCAUCCUCUCAAUAACAUCUAUUAUACUGGAUCCAAUGAAAAUCUCCUGGCCUGGGUGACCAAUGCUUUUGAACUCUACGUGUGCUUCACCCCCCUGGGUACCAAAGCAGCAGCUGUCAGCGCUGUCAACAAGCUGAUGAAGUGGAUCCGUAAGGAGGAGGACCGGCUUUUUAUAUUGUCACCCCAGACUUACUGACUGUUGUGACCUGGGCUGUCUGCCUUGUUCUGAACACUCCAAAACGACUUCCUGUGUCUGCUGGGAGUAGACAUAUUCAGUUUCUCGUCCUACUUCUCUCUCUCUCUCCCUCUCCCUCCCUCCUUCCCUCCAUCCCUCUCUCUCUGUCCCUCCCUCUCUGGGGGAGAUUUCUUGCCCACAAUGGAUAUGUGUAUAGGGAGGGAGUUCUCUGGGUAUAAGAGCUUUUGGCUGAAAUGAUGCACACGGGUAUCAGAAGAGUCCAACAUUUCAGGGUUAGUUUCAGAUAUUGCCUCUAGAACUGGAACAUAGACCGCCUGCCAUCCUGUAAGUAUUAUUUGAAUAUGUUUCAGCCUAAAAAUGUGUCCUUUCUACCAUUUUCUGCAUAUUGUGAGGCUGCGUUAAACAAAUCUUUCCCGUAGCUGAUUUUCUCUGCUGACCUUUUGAACAUAGUGCCACAGGUAUUAAGUCUUCCCAUCUCUCUUAAUCUUGACUAAUUGGGGGAAGGUAGGUUGGUGCAGUGGUCAAAUCCAAAUUUUUUUACUACCGGUUCUGUGGGCGUGGCUUGGUGGGCAUAGUGUUGCUUGGUGGGCGUGGCUUGAUGGGGUGGCAGGGGAAGGAUACUGCAAAAUCUCCAUUCUGACCCCACUCCAGGGGAAGGAUACUGCAAAAUCUCCAUUCCCACCCCACUCUGGGGCCAGUCAGAGGUGGUAUUUGCUAGUUCUCUGAACUACUCAAAAUUUCCGCUGCCGGUUCUCUGAAUUGCUCAAAAUUUCUGCUACCAGUUCUCCAGAAUCUGUCAGAACCUGCUAGAUUUCACCCCUGGAUUGAUGGCUUAGCAGGUGCCUUCUCAUAGGAUUUUCCAUAUAAAGGUCUGAACAAAUGCACAGAAGGUGUGGCAAACAUGUAGAUAGUGAGGGAAAAAACAUUGUUAUGUCCCUUUUAUAGGAAGAUAAAAAAAAUAAAAAUCCCAAGGAGGUUUUUUUCUUUUUAUGACUCCAAAACAUGUUUUGCUCUUUAAGAUUAACAAAUUUAAAGAAGUUCACAGAUUAUCUUCAAAUUGCUAGUGAAGGACUGAAGUGUAGUAGCAAAGUCAGUAUAUAAGUAUUCUCAAUUAGAGGCAGUCAGAUCCUCUAAUAAGUGGCAUGAACCUAGUAGUUGGAAAAUAUUUUAUAAAUUAUUUCCAUUCCUUCCUGUGAGUUAUCCCUAUGACCCAUUUAUCUAAUGCUUAUUUUUAACUGGACCAAAUUCUUGAUUUUCAGGGUCCUGAUGAAACCAUAUCCAUGCUGUUAUAAGCUGUGUAGUCUCUUUAUUUAACAAGGAAACAAACAUUCAGGGAAGAAAGGUUCAAAUCAUUGUUAAUAUGUGAAUGCUCAAGCCUAACAAUUAUUUGGGCAAGAAGAGCCACUGUUUCUUGACCCCUGCAACUUUCAGAUGUGUGGACUUCAUUUCCCAGAAUUCCCAAGCCACGAUGCCGGCUGGGAACCACACGUCUUAUAGUUGCUGGGGCUGGGAACCACACAUGUUAUAGUUGCUGAGACUGAGAAACACUGGCUAAACUUCCACAGUAAUGUAAUGUUAAAAUAGGUAUUCCAAUUCAUGCCGAUGCAUCUGCUCCAGGAGUAAGAAAUGGCAUUGUAAAAGUGGGCACCCUAUGGUAGAAAUCUGUUUACAUCCAUUCUUCACUUAUAGGAAUUUUGAACACAGUGAAGGUCUAAUAACUAAUUUGGCAUAUGGAAUCUUUUUGAAAUGAUACUGAAAUGGUGCAACCUCAGAAAUAAGUUUGCCAUAUUGUCAUUUUUCAGAAUGCUCCAAAACAGUAUACUGUCACUUUUUAGAAUAGAGGUUUUCAACAUCAAUAUGUAAUGUGGUAUGUGCUUGAGCGAAGGGGGAAAGCAUCUUGAAUGUGGGAAAAGGUUUCUGACAAUAAGAGCAGUAUGACAAUGGAACCAGUAACUGAGAAAGAUGUUAUGCUCUCCUUCUCCUGGAUGUAACUUCACGGGGGAAGCUGACAGCUGUCUAUUCGGGUCACUUUAUUUGGCUACAUAUCUUGAAGGGUUGGAUUAAAUGGCCUUUCCCAGCUCUUACAUCUGUAUAUAUUUGUGUUUUGGGGGCAGAGAAAGGAGAGAGAAAAUAAUCACCAAAGUAAUGACAGGGUUUGUCCAGAUACAACUGCAGGGACUGCAUUUUUCAAGGGAAAAUGACCCCACCACCUGCCACACCCUACACUCCUGCAUGUGUUCAACAAUACCAGAUCUCUGAUUCCAUUUGCUUUAGUAUUUCUUUUUAGAUUUUUGUCCCGCCUUUUUUUUUCAUAUACAGUUAACAGUGGCAAACAUACCAAUAUUCCUUCCUCAUCCUUUUUCUUUAAACACAGAUAUGUCAAACAUGAUAGGCCCAGAAUUGUCCUGCGGGGCUGUCCCAGAGAUAGCAAGGGACUGGCCUGUGCCACCCUGGCCUCAUCCCACCCCACCCAUGCCCAUCCAGUCAGCCAUGAUGACCAGGCCAUGCCCACCCCGGCCCCCCAAGGGCAAACAAAAUCCUGAUAUGGCUCACAGUGGGAUUGAGUUUGACACCCCUGCUCUACAACAACCCCAUGAGGUGAGUUGGAUUAGGAGAGAUGGCUCAAAGUCACCCAGCCAGUUUUUCCAUGCCUAAGGUAGGAUUAGAACUCCCCAGUCUCCUGGUUUCUAGGCCAACAGGUUAACCACUACACCAAACUGGCCCCUUUUUUAUAUUUUUAGUUGCACACUGUAAGAUGCAAGUAAACUGUAACAUUAAAUGAAACUGAGAUCCAGUGACACUGUACAUGUCCAUUGAUGGUGUCAUGGAUAUCUUUCUAGACCAUUCUUGGAUCUAUAGUUUCAUCUGGAAAGGUUAUUAUGUGUGAUUCAGGGGGGAAAUGUUUUUAACAGGUACCUCUUAAAAAAAAAUCAACACACAAUUGCCACAAGAUGGCAGCAGAACACCAGAUUGUGAAAGGUUUUCUCAGUAUUAAAAUACUUUUCGUAUUUACAACCUAUGGAUUCAGUGGAUUCAGUGUCAGUGCAUAUACUGCUACUUCUCUGAAUUUAAUAAAAGAGUUUUAUGGGACCUUUUAGAUUAACAAAUGUACUAUGUAUCACAAGAUUUCAUGAACUACCACCAGUUCAACAAAUACUAAUACUGUACUAUGUGCUGUAAUAAAUUAAAGUGUGGAAAACUCUGUUAUUUUGAUUUAACAAACUAGCACAGCUGCUUGUGUUAGUUCAAUAUAUAACAUGAUGUGUACAUGAGUAGCGAUGAAAAGAUGCAUAGGGUGUUUGAAUGAUAGAAGAAGUUUCUAACAAUAAGAACGGUUUGACGGUGGAACCAGUUCCUGAGAAAGAUGGUGGGGAACCGUAAGAAAAUAUUGUGGCUCAGGCUGCUAAAGACAGUCUGUUAUUAACAUAGCUGCUUGCAAUUACUGAGGUUCAAGUCCCACUAGGCCCAAGGUUGACUCAGCCUUCCAUCCUUUAUAAGGUAGGUAAAAUGAGGACCCAGAUUGUUGGGAGGGCAAUAAAUUGACUUUGUAUAUAAAUAUACAAAUAGGAUGAAGACUAUUGCUAACAUAGUGUAAGCCGCCCUGAGUCUUCGGAGAAGGGCGGGAUAUAAAUGCAAAGGAAAAAAAAAGUUAAAAAUCAUAGGGAUGCUGAAACCCUUCAUAGAUUUGCUGCCUUUAAUUUACUCUUUGGAAGUUUUAAAUUUUGAAAUUCCAAGCUAACAGAUUCCCCCUUAUGAACACCUCAAUUAUCCAGUAGGAAUUCUUUCCAAUGUACUUUACAUUAUAUUUAAAUACUUGAUAUAUUAUAUAUACUUAAUGUAUUGUAUAAAUAAUUAAUGUAUUAUGUAGUAUUUUGAUUAAGCAAAGUAUGCCAUUUGAAUUUUCUUAGUGCCACAGCCAAGUCACGUUUCUCAAUCACACUGUUUUAGUAAUACUUGCUAUAUUACUAAUAAAGGAGAAUAUUUCUAGCUCAGGGUUGACAUGAGGGGUCCUUGGUGCUUUCUGAGCCUGCUUGUUUUCUUGCAGACAUUUCAUUACCUAAACUAGGUAACAUCAUCAUCAUCAUCACUAGCAGUGAUGUUAUCUAGUUUGGGUAAUGAAACAUCUGCAGAAAAAAUAAGCAAGCUCAGAAUGCACCAAGAACCCCUCGCUUGCUAUAUUAUUUGUUCAUUUAACGUUAUGAAUACUUAGUGCAUCAAAUGUCCCAAGGCUUGGUUUAUUCUAGCAAAGUUAAGCAACCUCAUUUUAGGGACAUAAGAGCGGUUUACUUUUUGUUUGUUGGCUUUUUGUUUCUGUUUCAUGUUUUUUUUAAAAAAAUCCUUUUUUAAAAAAGAAAAACUGUAAAUUUAAAGAAAUGUGUUGUAUAUAAGACAAUGAUUAACAAUGUUAGCAGCUAAUAUGAUAAUAAUGCAGUAAUAUGCAUUAAAGUGGCUGUGUAAUGAAACAAACUUUAGCUUUAGUAAAAUAUGAAGAAAAUCCUGUCCCCGAACUCAGAUCUUCAGAUAUUAAACAGCAGCAAACCCUGCUAAACCAUACUGUUUAUUUAUUUUUUAUUUUUAUUUAUUUAUUUUGUCACAACAAUAUAUAUAAGCAUCACACAAAAAGAUUAUAUAGUAUAUAAACAUAUAUAUGA